UUUUUGGAGGCAGGAAAAACACGUAGUCACCCCGGUACGUGUGUAAACGCAGUGUUAAGGAAUUUAGUAUGAAAGCAAAAUGAAGACCUGGUGUUAGAGACUGAUCGGCAGUGGACAGUUUAACUUUGGAUGGAGUUUAUUUCUUUAUCCAGCGCAGUCCAAACAGAUCACAGAGGCACUGAGGGGGAUCGGAAUUUACCGGUGACAAGUCUGGGAGAGAGGGGGGGAAAAGGAAAAGAGUUUUAAAAACCCUGCCAACCAAAAUUUUGAAGAAUUAAGUGGAUGAAAAGAACUCCCGGAGAGAAACGACCCCAGCUUUUUCUCUUUUCUCUUUAACUUUGAAGAAACCCUCCAGCCAUGGCGAAAAAGUAUGAUUUCCUUUACAAAUUGUUACUCAUCGGGGACAGCGGAGUGGGCAAAACAUGUCUGAUCAUUCGUUUUGCUGAGGACAAUUUCAACUCCACGUACAUUUCCACCAUCGGCAUCGACUUUAAAGUAAAAACCAUUGAAGUGGAUGGAAAGAAAGUGAAACUACAAGUCUGGGACACAGCAGGACAGGAGAGGUUCAAGACCAUUACGACAGCCUACUACAGAGGAGCCAUGGGCAUCAUCCUGGUGUACGACAUAACAGACGAGAAGUCCUUUGAAAACAUCCAGAACUGGAUGAAGAGCAUCAAAGAAAAUGCAUCAGCUGGAGUCAGUCGAAUGUUACUAGGCAAUAAAUGCGACAUUGAGGCAAAGCGGAAAGUUUCCAAGGAGACAGGAGAGAAGCUGGCUAAAGAUCACGGCAUCAGGUUCUUUGAGACCAGUGCAAAGUCCAGCAUUAACGUGGAGGAGUCUUUUCUGUCUUUGGCCCUUGACAUACUACAUAAAUCCAGCAAGAAACCAGGCCCCACAGGCCGAGAGGUGAAAAUCACAAGCAGUACAGAGAAAAAAGCCUCCAAAUGUGUUCUUCUCUAAAUAUGAUGCAGGUCAGCACACAUAAGGAAGCGCCAUACAAAUGUAAGAGCACAUCAGUAUUACCGGGGAGAAAUGCAGCACAGCAGGUUUUCUGUCUCCAUCUGGUGGGCUCACUUAUUAAAUACAUACAGGUGCCAAAACAAUGUUUUACUCCGAUAAUACUUUUAUACUUUUGUUUAGGGAUGCACCAAUCUGACUUCUUCAGUCCUGAUACAGGUACCUGGGCUCUGUCCGUGUGUCCAAUCAGGAGACCAUGUUUUUAAUUAAUAAGGUGUAUGCUGUAUAAGUGAGGCAUAGAGCUACUUUGCAAAAGUUGCGCCAUAUAUUUCUUGCAUGCCAAUCAGAGCAGACUGUUUUUGUUUUUUUCCUAAUUGGCUUAAAGAUAUAGAGAUUUUAUGAGAAAAAUGAUGUGUUCUUGGAACUAUAAGGCAUGUAAACUAAGCAAAAUACAGGUAUGAACAUGAAAAAGAGCAUAAUAUGUCCCCUUUAAGUUGGUUGUGUUUCAUUUUGCAUUGCAGCUGCCACCUCUCAAGACAUUUGAUUCACAGAUGUUAAAAAUUCCAGUUGUACUUGUGGGGUAGCAAGUGUAAUACCUCCAAUCAGCUGAUGUGUUUUUGUUAGUGCCCUCAGCUGUUACAUAGUCAUUACAUAGUAUGUGCAUGUUUAAUAAUAAGAUUAAACAUAUUAUUGAAUUAAAAUAGAUAAGUCCCAUUUUCACCAAUACCUGAUCCAUCUUUUUGAGUCUUUUUGAGAUAUCUGUUUUGGGUCGGUGCAUCCCUACUCUUCUUCCCUAAACACAUACUUUCCAAAAAAAGAAAAAUAUAUUCCCCCUUUGAGCUGAAAUGUUAUUGUUAUGAUUGUGCCUGUAUUUCCCAUUGAACAUGUCUUCUGCCACAUCUCCCAUGAGAGUGUUAAUGUCAUAAGAAUGUUGCAAAUUGGGGGUCAAAGUGUGACAAGCAGUUUCCCCCAUGUAAACAUCUAUUUCUGCCUUUUAUUCCCCUGGCUUAUCACCACAUCUGCAUCCCUACAACAGCACUGCUCUGUCUUCUGGUGUGUUUUUUAAACUGAGUAGCUAUGUAAGAAAAAAAAAUCACAGCUUGAAAGAACUAUUUAAUUCAUUGCAUAUGUGUAAGCAGAUACAGCAGAAGCUUUUAGGGGCUCAGUGGCAGAGGAAGGGUUUGAUGGAAAGUGUUUUGAUUCACAUACACAGUUCACACAGUAGGCUUCUGGUCGGGCAUCUCGUAGAUUCUGUUUGAUGCUUUAAAUACUGGACAACUUGAUUAAUUAACAGGUCAUCAAACAUCUUUGGUUCACAGUGUACUUUCACGUUUGUCAGUACCUUGUUUCAAAUUCUUUCUUGCAGUGCCAUGUAGAGACUGAACUUUAUGCUUUAAACGUUACAUAACUUUACAUUUCAGUGUGAUUAUGUCGUGUUUAUCUGUUGAAAAUGUAUUACAUGUUUCAGUAUUUUAAUGCAUUCAACAUAAUCUACAGUAACAGAUGCCAUUUGUUAUUAAAAGGCCCUGAAACUAUUGCAGGGAAAUUAUUCGGGUUACAGCUUAUGAGAAGUUGAGAUCAUUAAUGAAUACAAGUUGAUGAAUACAUGGAGUUGAAUGUGAAACAAACACUGGUGGUAAACGAGCUUUGUUUGGAUGGAUUGAGAAUGUGGAUGAUAGGAACAGAGAUAAGUGCAAUAUGAGAAGAUGAGUGGAGAGAUGAAAGAAUGAUGGAUAAAGCAAGUGAAUGGACAGGAUGUGAGGGAAGCAGCAGCGCUCACAUGUCCCUCACUUUGAAUUGAUUUAGUGGGUCUUGCCUUUUAUCUGAAGUGCCUGGUUAAUUUCUUACGAAACACUACCACACAUUAGCUACAUCUGACAGAACAGUCUCCCUGCUCAGGCAACUUCAGAUCAUUCAAAAUGACUGAUGAAAGGUGGUCAUCUGAUCCGGACACACAUGCUGUAUUACUGUUUCUGCUUUUUAUGCAUUUCUUUCACAUUCAGUGUCUUUUUAGACCCACACAAGACUUUGUAUGUAGUUUACAGACUUGAUGAAUAAAAAUUCUAAACAAUAAA